AUGUCGCAUCACCAUCCAGAGCAGACCAGGUAUCCGCCUGGCCCUUCAUACAGACCUAUGCCCCGCCGUGACGACCGGGACGGCCGCAUGUACGACGAUCGAUCGCCCUCCCGAUCGCGCUCGCCUGGCGGUAUACGCUCUCCUCCCCGCAACCAAGACCGGUCCCGUUUCCGCAGUCGGGACCGCGAUGAUUACCGACGGCACUCGCGCUCUCCUCCCCGACGAGGUCGACCAGCAUACAAGGAUCGUGAUCGCGAGGGCUAUCGAUCCCCGGGAUACCGCAGUCGGAGCAGAAGCUACAGUGCCAGCCGGAGUCGCAGUCCUCGUCGCAGUCGACAACCGCAUUUUGGACACGAGAGCAGAGAGGUCAUGAUGGAUGGGUUGCCGGUGGAUAUGGUGGAAGAAGACAUUACGAAUGAACUGAAAGAGUUCUAUCAUGUUGAGGGCCUGGAUGAUGUCCGGGUUAUUCGUGAUCGGCAGACGAAACUUUCCCGACAAUUGGGAUUUUUGCGAUUCCGGAAUUUGAACCUCUCCCGCGCGUUUGUCGAGCGCAACUUUCCAGCGAUCUACCUGCAUGGGUCGAGUGCACAGAAUGACCGCGGCACCAAGGUGCGCAUCGCAUACAGCCGUGAAAGGGAAGAUCGCGCUCGUGCGAGAGCGGAGGCGGAUUGGAACUGCGUGAUGGUAUACGCUGGCCCGGCAGGUCCCCCUGGGUUGCCAGCUCCCAAGGUGGAGAAUCAUGGCGACAACGAUGCGGCACCGGAGAACCAGCCCUCUCAAUUCCUUCUUUUCCGCGGACUGGAGCCUACUGUCACAGAAGAGCUGCUUGCUAAGGGGGUUGCCAAGCUGUACCGUCCUACGGCUACUGGUGAUGUUCCAGGAAAUGGGAAGAAGGGGGCCAAGGUCGCGUCGACAACCGGUGACUCUAACCUGGGGGCUCGGGAUGGCUCCAUCCGCCGUGUUCUUCUGGUGAGAGACCGCCGAACUAACGACAGUUGGCGCUACGGAUUUGCCGAAUUUGCGACUAUCCAGGAUGCACAAGCAGCCGUUACCCGUCUGAACUCGUUUGAAAAGUUCACCAUCUCAUCUCGACCGGUUCUCGUCAGUUACAUUCACGCGGGUGUAUUUGUUCCGGUCCUCAAUCCCACCGGUGCGGAACGAUUCACGUUCAGCCCUCUGAGCAACCCAUCUCUCAAGCUUAUGUACUGGGAUGAAGAAGCCUACGUGACCGAACUUACCGUGUCCACGGCAGAGCUUGACAAUCCGAAAGACAAGCCCGCCAACCAACCCGAGAGUCAAAAGUCCAAGGAUGAUAAAGCCAAGAAGCGCAAGGCUGAGGCCGCGGCUGCAGGGGCCAAGAAAAUGGCGGUGCCAUCGCAUUUGCAGUUCUGGAGCAACCGUCAUGCCGAGUUGCAUGGGAUCCAGAAGAAAGACGCGGACGACAAGAGCACGGAGCAUGGCUCGGACCGUGGAGCGUCUCCGGAUGCUGCGCCGCCCACGCAGUCCUACGCGGAUCCCAGCCGCAACUGCUGCUACUUGUGCCUGCGGCAGUUCAAGUCCUCGGCCGAAGUCAAUCGCCACGAACGUCUGAGCCAACUGCACCGGGGGAAUCUACAAAACGAGGAACUGACCACCAAGGCGAUGGGCAAGCUGAUCAAACACGGCAUUAUCGCAGCACCUACCGAGUACCGUGACCGGGCACGAGAACGCCGCAAGGCAUUUGGCAGCAGACCAGUCAAGACUCGGCCGGCCCCGGCCCCGGCCCCGAAGGAAGAGGAGCCACCAGUCCAGCAGACCUCCAAGGGCGCCUCCCUCCUGAGCAAGAUGGGAUGGACGGGAGCUGGUCUAGGUGCUCAAGGCACCGGGAUGACAGCUCCGAUAGCCACCGAGGUAUACGCCCAGGGGGUGGGACUGGGAGCGCAAGGAGGGAAGCUGGGCGAUGCCACCGAAGAAGCAGGACGGAAUACGCGCAACCGGUACGACGAAUUCCUAGCAAAGACGAAGCAACAGGCACGGGAACGCUACGAACAGAUGGACCGAUAG